ACGUUUGUCAAAAAAUAUGUCUUGUUAUUUUUAAAAUAUUUAUCAAAUAUACUCAAUUCACGAUCAGAAGUGAAUGUAAUUUUAUUUUAUCGAUAUCGACGAUAAAUAAAAAGACAAUAUGACAGCGACAGCCUCGUCUAGUCAAGAGCAAGCCGUCGUGCUCAACCUCGGAGCAAUGAUCGACCUGGCAAUCGGCACGCCAGAGGUAGGUGUCGUGGACUUCGGAAUGCUACAAAUAGUGUUACACUGCUUGGCACAAGAGAUACGUAUGGGAGAGAAGCACAUCGAACUGAGAGGAGACUCGGAUAUGCUGCCAGUGGGAAGGGACUAUGUGCGCACGGUUUACAUAACAGAAUUCGCCGUGGACACUGCAGGGAACAAGACACAAGAGAUUGAUCCUCAUGCAGCUCCAUCGCCUCAGGGACCAAAACCUGAAAGUAUUUUCUUAGUGGAACGCAUGAAAAAGUCGGAAGUUGGGGAUCGAUCUAAGAAGGUGGAACAAGCACAGGUGGUCGCACCGUCAUUAUCGCGCAAAGUAAAGCCCGAGGAGCCGCCAAAGCCCCCUGCUCAGGAACCGCCCCCGCCAGAGCCGGCCCAGCCAAAGCCGGCUCCGCCAGAGCCGGCUCCGCCAGCGCCGGCCCCGCAAGUGCCGGCCCCGCCAGAACCGCCUGCUCCAGUCCGCAGCAAGCCUGCCUCCACGGAGCGCCUCUCACUUGUCACCCUCAGCAAGUUCAACGUACUCGAAAAUACAGUAGAAGAUCUUAAAAAUAGAGUCUACGGCAGCAUGCCGAAGAACGAAGAAAUCUUAGAAGAAGUUCGAUCUCAAACAAAUCUCAAAGCCAUUACGGAUAUGUGGACUUCAUUGAACGUGUCCUCGCGGCUCGAGGCGACCGAGGCUGGUAUCGCAAAGCUUAGCUCUCUGCGUGCAAUGAUUCAGCAAGUAAAAACUGAUCUUGAUAAUAUGGCCAAAGAGUUUGUUGAAGCGAUGGCAGAUUUAAGACCGGAGCAUCCUGUAACAAUGCCGCCGUCCUUGCCAGUAUUGCCGCCGGCACCCAUAGAAGUGGAACCACCACCAGUCGUUCAAGAUAUGGGGAUCCCGCUUGCUGAUCUCUUGAACAAAGUAUGUACAGUGGAGGCAAAGUUGAAGGAAUGCUGUGACUCAGUCAAGAAACAAGAAGGAAUCAUUAGCGAUCACAUAAAUUCGUUCCAAGAUCAAAUAGAACAUCUAUCGAGACAAGUUGCAGGGAUGCAGGACAUGGCUGGCAGUAAGGGCCCAGUGGAAAAUAUGCCUGACUUGCAAGGUUUAAUGAAGUUGUACCAGACCGUGCAAGACAUGAAGGAGGAACUGAAGCUCGUGCAUGAGACCGCGCUGCACUUGGCCUCAGAAAAAGAGGACCGGCAGGAUCGUAUUAACGCAAUAAUCGAACAAAUAGAAGUACUGAAGACGAUAAAGUUGGACCGCGACGAUAUGACGGAGGCGAUGGCGGAGAAGGCGGACGUGCGGCUGCUCGCGCGCAAGGUGUCGCAUGACCAGUUCGAACUCGCCUGUGAUGAUCUCUCCAGAGGUUUAGACCACGCGCUUGGAAAACUCAAUAUGCAGGAAGCGCUGUGGCAACAAGCUCUCGACGACAUACAACGUGAAAUAGAAAUGAAACUGGACAAAAUGGAGCUGUCACCUGUGAAGGAGUUCUUCAAUACAAAACUCAAGCAGCUGCAAGAUAACUUGAAGCAGAUCGCGUCGUUACGACGAUCCGUAGAAGCGGCUGGUGCUAAGAAAAAACUGAUGAGAGAUUUGAAUUGCAUAUCGUGUGACGCUAAGGUAGUGAUGCCAAUGGAGGGUGAAUCUAGUAUACCAAUGUCUAGACCUUUACCCGCUAACCUCUCUAUGAAACCUUACCUUAGUUAUGAAUUAGAUGCUAUACGCAAGGCUCAAGCUAGUAAUCUACAGCAGCGCAACCUCCACGACUGGGAACAGAUUGAUAAACAAGCGCAUACACCCAAGGCGUCGCAAAAAGUGCGGUCUGAUGUGGACAAACACACUUGUAACCGCUACUGCGGCGGCUCGCACACGACCACGACAGCAGCGCAGCGCGUGGCUCGAGUCGGUCACUUCGUGAAACAAUGGGGGCCCGAUGUAUUACCCCUCUCCUCUACCGUGGGCCCGGGAGAUGACGGCAGGAUGUACAAAAUGAGCGGGCCUGAAUCCGCUGCAGGUGGUACUGCGGAUUCUACUUGUACACCAAAGAUCGCGAAGAAAGGCGAUGCAAAGGUGCCCGAAAAACGACCCGUCUUUAUAAGCGGGGAGUGUCGAUGCCUGGAAGAAGGAGGAGGUACAAAUAAAUAGAUCGUAUGACGAAGACUUAAAAGUAAAGCAAAUUGCGUUCUUUGCCACUUUUUAGCUUUAUUAACUAUAUUUUUUCAUAAAAAAAUUAUUGUAAUAUAAAUAAAACAAUAUAUUAUUUUUCCUUUGA